UCUUCUUAUUUGCUUUUCCUCUUCACAAAGCUCUUUAAACAGCUGCAAAGGGGGAGGGACCACUAUGCUCACGAAAAUUGCACUUUGCAGACCGCUUCUGUCAGGUCCUACUGUCUGUUUCUUUCCAGGCAUUUCAUACCUCCAAGAUUCAGGUUUGCUUUUACAUCUCUUCCCUGUGCAUGCCUGCCAACAGAGCCUAUUGCCAGCUGUCUAAGCUGAAGAACAGUAAUCCACAUCUUCUUACUGCCAUGAGGAAAAUGUACACCCUCGUUCUCUUUGUGGUGGGCUCCUUCUGUCUGAACGGAAGCAUGGCAGCGGAUGCUGAAGAAAAACUAAUGAACCACCUUCUGAGUCCUGACAGAUACAAUAAGUUAAUUCGGCCAGCUGUCAACUCCUCCCAGUUGGUAUCCAUAGAACUGCAGGUUUCCCUGGCACAGCUCAUCAGUGUGAAUGAACGGGAGCAGAUCAUGACUACAAACGUCUGGCUAAACCAGGAGUGGAUUGAUUAUCGGCUGGCUUGGAAGCCCUCUGACUAUGAAGGAAUAAAUAAGCUGAGAAUACCUGCAAAACACAUCUGGUUGCCAGACAUUGUGCUUUACAAUAAUGCGGACGGCACGUAUGAGGUCUCGCUGUACACAAAUGCUAUUGUAAAGAACAAUGGAAGCAUCCUCUGGUUGCCACCAGCCAUUUACAAAAGUGCCUGCAAGAUUGAGGUGAAGCAUUUCCCAUUUGACCAGCAAAACUGCACCCUCAAGUUCCGGUCCUGGACAUACGACCACACAGAAAUUGAUAUGGUGCUUAAGACUUCCAUGGCGAGCAUGGAUGACUUCACACCAAGUGGAGAGUGGGACAUUGUAGCACUCCCAGGAAGAAGGACUGUAAACCCUCUGGACCCCAAUUAUGUUGAUGUGACUUAUGACUUCAUUAUUAAAAGGAAACCACUUUUUUAUACCAUCAAUCUUAUAAUUCCCUGUGUGCUAAUUACAUCCUUAGCCAUCCUAGUAUUCUACUUGCCUUCAGACUGUGGUGAAAAAAUGACUUUAUGCAUAUCUGUGUUGCUUGCCUUGACUGUGUUCUUGCUGCUGAUCUCCAAAAUUGUCCCUCCAACAUCUCUAGAUGUUCCACUGAUUGGGAAGUAUCUCAUGUUUACAAUGGUUCUGGUGACCUUCUCAAUAGUUACCAGUGUCUGUGUGCUCAAUGUCCACCACAGAUCUCCAAGUACUCACACUAUGCCCCCCUGGGUAAAGCUGGUUUUCCUUGAAAGACUCCCAGCCUAUCUGUUCAUGAAGCGCCCAGAAAAUAAUUCUCCACGGCAAAAGCCAUGCAAAUGCAAAAAGACAAAAGCAGAGAAUCCUUGUAUGGAGCCAUCUGACUUCUACAAGAACUCUACUUAUUUUUUGAAUACAGCUUCUGCCAAAAGAUAUGAUAUGAAAGUCUCUGAGACACCUGACAAUGUCAGCAGUCAUCGAGAUUUUAGGUUAAGAACAGGUGCGAAAUUUUCUCCUGAAGUGCAAGAAGCAAUUGAUGGAGUCAGUUUUAUAGCAGAGCACAUGAAAAGUGAUGACAACGACCAGAGUGUCAUUGAAGAUUGGAAGUAUGUUGCCAUGGUAGUGGACAGGCUGUUUCUCUGGAUAUUUGUCCUUGUUUGUGUCCUAGGGACUGUUGGAUUAUUUCUGCAACCACUUUUUCAAAACCACACUGCUGCCAUAAACCCUUAG